UCCUGCGUGGCGCUCGUCGCAACAGCCGGCCCAACAGCCUGCUGAGUGAGUAUGGAGGCUGCCGCUGCAGCUUGCACAGUUGACGGUGUGUCACCCGAAAACGGCGAAACUCGUCAACUCUUGGAGGAACUGGCUGCUGACUACAGUCAGUUCUUUAAGGUGGACAUUAGCAAUGACAAGCGCAUAUUGGAUGAAGGCAUCGACGAGCUGCUGGCGCGGCUAGACGAGUUCACCGGCCUCAUCAAUACAGUACGUAGCGAUGACACUCUCUGUUUGACACACACGCUUCCGGACAUCUGCGAGAAAAGCAAAGGUUUGGAACAAGUGUACAACCGAAUCGACGCCCUGGAGCAGUUCGUCGGUGUGGUUCGCGAAAGCGUGGACGCGAUGGAAGAGAAGGUGACUGAGGCAGAGAACGCCUUUGGUGGCAGCACGGUCAUGAAGUUCCUUUCGAGUCUUCCGUCUCCGUUGUUUGCCAAGAAACCCGCUCCGCAGUACAAGAAGCAGCUGCGCUACGAGGAGCCUGAAAUAUUUCGCUGCUCGGACUAUCUUUCAACCGUGUCGGCGGACGAUCCGUUGCCGACGAGCGCGUCAAAUUUCUCCCUCGAGACAUCUGCGAGUGACCGCAGCGUUGAAGAUGACCGCACACCUUUUAGUCCAGCCGACUAGCUGAACUAACAAUUUUCUCCAGGCUCGGGGUACACGUCGCAUCUAACGAAGACACUGUGUUGCUUGCAGUGAUGCUUUGACUACGUGUGUAAUAUAGUGCACGGUAGGGCCGUUUCCAGAUGUGACCGAGGGCUCGGAGAAUAAUUUAUUCAGUGUAAAAUAUUAAACUACGCUUGAUAGCCUGA